CACAUUUUUAUAAUCUUUCUUUGGUAAAAGAGAAGUUGAAUUCUGAAAAAUGAAUAUAAUAUGGUGAGAAAACACUUGAAAUUGGAAAAAUAGAUCUUUUAAAACGAAAAAAGAAAAAAGCUGCGAUGGCUGCUGCGACGGUGCUCCGCCAUUUCACACCAAUCUCACCCUCCCUUAAACCACCGUCUCACCACCGCCGAUUCCUCCACCACAACAUAAUCCCCAAACUACCCCCACCCUCUUCCCCUUCUCUUCUCAAAUUCAGCUCCGAGCCCCAACCUCCACCACCUCUACCAGAAGCCGAUUGUCCCGUCCCGCCUGAACAGCAACCAAUCAACGAGUACCAAUCUCUCUCCUCCUCUUUCCCUUUCUCCUGGGCCUCAGGAGAUUUAGUCGAAUACUCCUCAAGACUCUUCAUCACCGGAGCUUCUUUUGCCUUUUUCGUCGGGUUACCCGUUUCUUGGUUCGGAUCCGUCGGACCCGAAUACGAACCCGUUAAACGGAUACUCGCCGCUAGCUCUAGCGGGAUCUUCGUUGUUACGCUUGCUGUCGUGAGGAUGUAUCUUGGUUGGGCUUAUGUCGGAAACCGUCUCCUCAGUGCCACCGUUGAGUAUGAAGAAACUGGGUGGUAUGAUGGUCAGGUAUGGGUGAAAACACCUCAAGUCUUGGCACGAGACCGUCUUCUUGGUUCUUUCUCGGUGAAACCAGUUCUUACCAGACUGAAAAACACAUUAGUUAUUCUCGGUUUAUCACUCAUUCUUGUAGUGAACCUUGGUAACUCUCCAAUUGCGUCAUCUUAUAAAACGUAUAAGGAUCCUAGGGAUAGAUCUUCGAUGCCAAUCCCAGGAGUGUACAAUGAUGAAACCGCUAGAACUUUUGAACCAAUAGCUUUCUGUGGAGAACCUUCUUCAGAUGAACCACCUUCUGAAGAUCUUCUGUGAAAAUACAAAUACAGAUAGUUUCUUUCUGAUAGUAUUGUGUAUAUUCUUGUAUAUUCCAUAAUGACCAAUCUGCAUCAUGAAACCCUAAAGAUCAAAACUCAUUACUAGGUUUUUGAAUCGAAGACUAUUGUUAGCAAAUGCAUUUUGGUGCUUCUGGAAUUAGUCAAUCUAAUAACUAGCAAAUUGACUGGAAUAUCUGAGUCAAACAUAACAAGAUUAGUAUUAAUGACAAACAA